AUGAUGUAUGUGGAGAGGGAGAAGGGUCUCGAACGUGUUGUGAAGCAGAUGUGUGCAAAGCAUCUUCUGGAGACUGGCAAGGACUGGGGCAAGCUGGUUGCCGGAAAUCAGUCCGAAAAUGCGUACCUGGUACGGACCUGGCCGGAGUUCGCAGCCUUGCGUGACAUCAUCUUCUUCUGGAAGUACUUCAUGUGCACAGAUCUGCGCGUUUUUCCCGACACCAGCAGCUGGUCGCUACAGGCCGCAUAUCUCACUUGGAAUGUGGCCAACGAGAGCGAGGUCUUCGGGCCUCCUACGAACAGGGGCGUGGCUUGGUCAGCAUGGACGCAGCGGGGGUAG